AAUCGAGUAACUGUAAUUUCUAUUGAAUCAUUCCGUUUGAAAAAAGAAAUUCAGUUGAAUGCUACAAGGGAUGCAAUCUCAGAAUGCUUGAUGAAAGGAUUUGCAAAAGAAAAAUGUCAAAAUUAUAUCACACUUCUGCUACCAUACGAAAGUGAUUGCUUACGAAUUUGUGGUACCAAUGCUAUGUUGCCGCGUUGUUGGACACGGAAGAAAGUAAAUUUAUUGAAAGACUGUGAGGGAAGAGCAGAUGCCAUUGGUCUCAGUUCGUUUGAUAAAGACUGCCCAGCUUUCUACGAAUCAUAUGCAAAUUAUACUUUUACGGCAUUAUCUGUCGAUAUUUCAUGCCAGAAACAUACAUUGAUUCGAGCUCUUCCACUUGAAAGCAGACUUUGGUUACCCGUUAAUGAUGACCGAUGGUUUCGAGAACCAGAAUUCAUCGCCUUAUUUGGCUGGAAACAAUAUGUAUAUGUGCUCUUUAAUGAAAAAAAAUUUGAUCAAAUUGAGAGUCGAGUUGGUGUCAUUUGUGCGAAUGAUAAAGGAUUUGCUGACAAUAUUGCUAUGUAUAGAAAUACUUUCAACUUUUUUGGCAAACUAUCACUUACAUGCUCUCCAGAUGAUGCUAACUUGUAUUUAAAGAAGUUAAAAACUGCUCGGAAAUUUGCGAACUACAUGUUCACUAUUUUUUGGAAUGCUUUUGAACCGCUGCCAAUUUCGGUUCUAUGCAUAUUUGAUCUUAAUACAAUUGAAAAAGAAUUAUUCAGCGAUUCAGAAAGUUACGUUAUUCAGCAUGAUAACCAGUGCCCAAAACGUCAUUCAACGGGUUAUCCCAAGAUCUUUGACAAAAGCGCAACAUUUGCCAAACCACAAGUAUGCUACUUAUUCCCGGAAAUUUCAGGAAUAGUAUCAUUGGAUGUUACUGAUAUCGAGCAUGGAAAUUAUCAAAUUAUAGCAAUAUCAAAACAAGGCAAAAUAUACACUCUCAUCUUUAACGGUACUUUCAUUAUCAAAAUGCGAGACGAUCAAAUUACUAUUGAUGGAACAAUUUCAGAACUGAAAAUUAGGAAGAAGACAUUUACUGUGCUCUCAUCCAAUUCCUUCACAAAUUAUCCACUUACCAAUUUAUUGGAGAUCAACGACGAAAAGUUUAGUUCAAACAAAACAUUUGAAUGGACAGAAUGGAGUAGAUGUUCGCAAAGGUGUGCCGAAGGCUAUCAAAGUCGAGAAUGGCGUUGUUUCAACGCUGAAAGUUGUAAUUUCUUAGCUUCUAUUCAGCAACACCAGCAAUAUCGACUUUGUUAUAAUGAACCUUGUGGCGAAGUACGGCAUUACAGUGUUUGGAGCCAGUGGCUGGCAUCAAGUGAAAAUACAGAAAUUCGAUAUCGUGCAAGGUGCGGCAUCGCAAUACCUGAUGCAGUUUCUAUUAAAGCAGUGCUUCUUGAUUCAAAACGUAUGUUAAUACGUGAAUGGUUGACGUGGAGUGAAUGGACGGAGUGUAGCGCAACAUGUGGUAACAGCUUGCGAAGUCGCUGGCGUAUUAGAAAAGGUUUUAUAAAAUCAUAUGAUGAUGAUAUUCAAAAGUUUGUAGAACCUUGUUCUAUUCCAUCCUGUAAAUUCGGUAAGUAA